AUGGCUGAAGGAGUCGAGGAGGGCAAACAUUUCGCAGCCUUCGAACGUCUCGGGGAGCUGAAGGAGAUCCAAGAGUCGCUUCUUGCACUGGAUCUACUCCAAGAACCAACUGAGGAUGAACAAAUGAAGGAAUCUUUUAAUUUGCAAAGGUUCUCUGCCGUACUGGCUGAAUACCAAGAGCAAUCAUAUCUUCUUGACCCCUACCUAGAACAGCUUGUGACACCUGUAGUCGAACGCCUCAAAGGCUUUGCAAAUACAGCCAUAGAUAAUCCAACGAAGAAAGGAUCAUAUACACGCGUCGAUCACGUCGCAACUUUGCUCUACUACUACGUCAAGUUUCGAGGAGUUAAGACGAUAAUCAGAUUCUUCCCUCACGAAAUCGCCGAUUUGUCGAUUGUUGUCGACUACAUUCAGAUCCCAGACGGUCUCAUCCAUCUCAGCUAUGCCUGGGCUCUACGUUACACCCUGCUCCUUUGGCUGUACAUUAUCUGCAUCAUACCCUUCGAUCUUGCUCAGUUCGAUGAGCCCGAUAAGAUUGGACACACAGGAAGCAUACUGCAAUCUUUCGCAAAAAAUAAUCUUGGGAAAGCAGGUCUCGAGCGAGAGGGUGCCGCGUUGUUGCUGUCACGUCUGUACAUGAGGAAGGACACCGGAUCAGGUUUUCGUGAAUUCGUCGAAUGGACGCAGGGUUUCCUCCAAGGCACCGACGACAUCUUCACUACGAUUGGAGUUUUGCAAGUACUUUGCGAAGUUGCCAAGUCAGGAUCUGCAGAACAGGUGCAGGCCGAACUGGUCAAUCUAGGGUCGAUAUCAAAUAUAAUCCAAGCGUCCUCGACCCUUCCCACCAACACCCUUGUUAGAAAGUACAAAACCAAGCUGAUAGCACGGGUUGGUCUACGAUUGUUACCUGGACGUUCAAGUCUCCGGCGGAGGAAUGGAGCACGAGCGCUGGAUGGCGGUAUCGUGUCCGACGAAAUCGAGUUAGAGGAGAUAGAGGUUCCAGAGGAUGUAGAAGGCAUUCUAGAGCAGCUUUUUGGUGAUCUGCAAGACAAGGACACAAUUGUUCGUUGGUCAGCAGCCAAGGGUAUUGCCCGCAUUGCUGAGCGACUACCUACCGACUUUUGCAACCAAGUCCUAGAAACACUUUUGGGCUUAUUUGAAAUUCAUUCGAUUGCGGCUGCAACUCUCUACGACCUCCCCGCCAUUGCCGAGGGCAUAUGGCAUGGCGCAUGUCUAGCAUGCGCUGAAAUGGCCCGUCGCAACCUAGUGGAACCCCAAUAUCUUCCUCAAUUAAUCGGCUGGUUAUCGAAGGCCUUGUACUUUGAUCUCCGUAAAGGUGCCCAUUCUAUAGGGUCGAACGUUCGCGAUGCAGCCGCAUAUGUGCUUUGGGCGCUCGCGAGGACGCAGGACCAAUCGUCUUUGGUACCACACGCCACAAAUUUGGCCCAACGCCUCACAGCAGUCGCCCUUUUUGAUCGGGAAGUGCACAUCCGGCGUGCAGCAAGUGCAGCAUUCCAAGAACAUGUUGGGCGGACAAGUCUAUUUCCUCAUGGCAUCGACGUUUUAGGGAAGACGGACUUCUAUGCCGUCAGUAUUAGGAAACAUGCCUUUUUAGUCGCUGCACCCCAAGUUGCCGUACAUGCAGAAUAUCGACGUUUUCUCUUCGAUCACGUCUUGGAUGUUGUACUUCGUCACUGGGACCUUGGAAUGAGGGAACUAGGAUCUCAGUCCUUGCGUUUAAUAUGUUCUCAGGAUCUGCACACCCUUAUCCCCUUGGCCAUCGACAAAUCCGUUCGCCUAUUAGAGUCCCUAGACUCGACAGAUGUGCAUGGCGGUCUUGCUGCACUUUGUGAAGUUGCAAUAGCAUACAAAGAGAGCAUUGAAGACUCUUCGGAAUUGGAAGAUCUUUUGCGAGGAGUCUUCAAACACUUGAACCUUGUUCCCGAGAAGACCUUCACGACAACCCGCAAUGAACUUAUUGCCUCGGCUGCAUGUCGUCUCAUCGCAGCUUCUAUAACUGUGACAGAAAUAAAACUAGGUCCAGAUUCAUCUGUCCCUACAUGGAAAACAGUCGUCGAGAUCGGACUCAAGCACCGUCAUCCCUCUGUCCAGGAGGCAGCAGCUGAUGCAAUGUCCGCUAUCAGUAAUCUAACCGAUUAUAGCUCUGAUAUCUCUAGAUAA